UUGCGUUAACUUAAAUACAACCUAAAGAUUAUCGACGAAUUGUGAGGAAAGAAUUCUGGACUCAAAAUCUCACUCCAGAGGUCAGUUAGGUAAAAAUGCUAAGAGUAGAAGGUUUGAUUUUUUUUUGACUGUUUGAUAUUAUAUUAUAUAACUUAAGAGAUCUAGCGCGACAUCUAGUGGCGCAAAUAUGAAUUUCAGGUCACUCCACUGACAUUUCCCUGCGCACCACGAACAGGUCGGUGCGGAUCUAUAUGAUGCUGAGAUUGGGUUUCGCAUGGUCUACAUCAUCAGCCACCACCAAACACAUCGCACAGGCCAGGCUCUUCACCGGAUCCCUUCUGCGAAAAAACAGUCCUCGUACUUUAUAUAACAACCGGUGCUCUGGACUACCAAAAGGCCUCCAGUUUGGCCAAAAGUCAGUGCUUGCCAGUACCAAGUUGUUCUGGGACAGCUCCAGGUCUUCUGGAGUGAUUUUCUUCAGCAUGGCAUCAGGGAGUGAUGGACCGGACAGAUCAAAGACCCCAAAACACACCAAUCGCCUGAGUAAAGAGAAGUCUUCCUAUCUAUUACAACAUGCGCAUAACCCUGUGGACUGGUAUCCAUGGGGGCAAGAAGCCUUUGAUAAAGCAAAGAGUGAAGACAAGCCCAUUUUUCUUUCAGUGGGUUAUUCCACCUGUCACUGGUGUCACGUGAUGGAGAGGGAAUCGUUUGAAGACGAGGAGAUUGGAAAAAUCCUCAGCAAGAACUUUGUCUGUAUAAAGGUGGACAGAGAGGAGAGGCCUGAUGUGGACAAAGUUUACAUGACAUUUGUGCAGGCAACCAGUGGUGGUGGUGGCUGGCCAAUGAGUGUGUGGCUCACACCAGAGCUCAAGCCAUUCAUAGGUGGCACUUACUUUCCACCCAGAGACAGUGGAAGAAGAUCUGGACUGAAAACUGUGCUUUUACGAAUUAUAGAACAAUGGCAGAGCAACAGAGAAACCCUGGAGUCUAGUGGAGAGAGAGUACUGGAAACCCUCAGGAAGGGGACAGAAAUCUCUGCCAGCCCUGGAGAAACUCUUCCAUCCGGCCCAGAUGUUGCCAACAGAUGUUACCAGCAGCUGGCUCACUCUUAUGAGGAAGAAUAUGGAGGUUUUCGAGAGGCACCGAAGUUUCCUUCACCAGUGAACCUGAUGUUCCUGAUGUCAUUUUGGGCAGUAAAUCGUGCCAGCUCUGAGGGAGCAGAAGCACUGCGAAUGGUCCUUCACACUCUCCGAAUGAUGGCACUAGGGGGAAUUCAUGACCAUGUGGCACAGGGCUUUCACAGAUACUCCACAGACUCCUCCUGGCAUGUUCCUCACUUUGAAAAGAUGUUAUAUGAUCAAGGCCAGCUUUCUGUGGCCUAUAUCACUGCUUACCAGGUGUCUGGGGAACGCCUUUUUGCAGAUGUGGCUCGUGACGUGUUGCUUUACGUCUCCAGAGACCUAAGCGACAUGUCUGGUGGCUUCUAUAGCGCUGAGGAUGCAGAUUCCUUUCCUACGGUGGAAUCCAUUGAGAAGAGAGAGGGAGCGUUUUGUGUGUGGACAGCAGGAGAGAUCAGAGAGCUGCUUCCCGACAUCGUGAUUUAUGACCCCCACGGAGAGCUGCAGGGUCAAAAUGUGCUGAUUGUGCGUUACUCAGUGGAGCUCACCGCUGCUCACUUUGGCAUCAGCGUGGACAGACUGUCUGAGCUGCUGUCCGAUGCCAGAGCCAAGCUGGCUGAGGUACGGAGAGCACGCCCACCUCCUCACCUGGACACCAAAAUGCUAGCUUCCUGGAAUGGACUGAUGCUGUCCGGGUUUGCACGUGUCGGAGCCGUGCUGGGCGACAAGGCUCUGCUGGAAAGAGCUGAGCGAGCAGCUUGUUUUCUCCAAGAACACCUGUGGGACGAAGAGGGCCAGAGGAUUCUCCAUUCCUGUUACCGUGGAGAUAAUAUGGAGGUGGAGCAAGCUGCAUCUCCCAUUGCAGGCUUCCUGGAUGACUACACCUUUGUGGUUUGUGGACUGCUGGACCUGUUUGAGGCCACGCAAAGGGUCCACUGGCUGCAGUGGGCUGAAGAACUCCAGCUGAGGCAGGAUCAGCUCUUCUGGGAUUCCCAGGGCAGCGGCUACUUCUGCAGCGACCCCUCAGAUCCGACGCUGCUGUUAGCUCUCAAACAGGAUCAGGACGGUGCAGAACCCAGUGCGAACUCUGUCUCAGCCAUGAACUUGCUGCGACUCUCCCACCUCACAGGCCGGCAGGACUGGAUACAACGCCCACAGCAAUUACUGACUGCCUUCUCUGAUAGACUGAUUAAGGUGCCAGUCGCCCUGCCAGACAUGGUCCGCAGUGUCAUGGCCCAGCAUUACACCCUUAAGCAGAUUGUUAUCUGUGGCCAGCCUGAUGCUGAGGACACUGCAAGUUUGAUUUCCUGUGUCAACUCUCUAUUUCUGCCCCAUAAAGUCCUGAUGUUGGCAGAUGGUAACACAGAGGGUUUCCUUUAUCAGAGGCUGCCUAUUCUCUCCACCCUGGUUUCCCAGGAUGGCAAAGCCACUGCGUACGUGUGCGAGAACUUCGCCUGUGCCCUCCCAGUAACCUGCCCACAGGAACUGAGGAGACUGCUGCUGGAGUGAGAGCUACUGUCACACCACACAAACAUCACUGUGGGAUCUCUCCAUAGUCAGACCGCUAUAUCUCAGAUUAUUACGCAAGUAGCAAACUGCAGUGAUCAAAAAACAGUCAUAAAUGAAAUGCGCUGUAAGAUAUUAUACAGUGGCAAGGCAAACCUCUGGGGCUGCCCUAGUUGUGAUGUUCUGCUUCGUUUUAGACCUGUUAUGCAAGACGAUAGUCUUGGGAGAUGGAAAUACAAUGACAUUUUAAUGUGAGAAGGAACGCUGAGAUUAAACCUUUCAGAAGCUUGCCUCAUGGGCUCAGUUGAUCUCUGUCAACCUGCUUUCUAAACGAUCAAGCAUGUUUCUCUGCAACCUUUCUAUGCAGUGCAGCUGAUCAGCCCUGGAUAAGCAACAUGCUAGAUUUAGAAUGGAAUGACACGCAAUGUAUGUAUACUACAGCUCAGACUCAAUGGAAUAUAAUAAAUACUCACUGAGUAA